GUACGUGGAAUGGUCACUGCAUAAUCCAAAAGAUGGCACUUACGUGUGGAAUGGCAUUGCGGAUUUGGAGAAAUUCAUCAAGCUAGCAGAUGAGCUGGGUCUACUAGUUAUUCUGCGUCCUGGACCUUAUAUAUGUGCGGAACGUGAUUUUGGUGGAUUUCCCUACUGGCUGCUCACCAAAUAUCCCAACAUAAAGCUGCGCACAUCUGAUAUAAACUAUCUGUUCGAAGUGCGCACUUGGUAUAAUGUGCUGUUCAGCCGCCUUAAACCAUAUCUCUACGGCAAUGGCGGCCCCAUAAUUAUGGUGCAAGUAGAAAAUGAAUACGGUUCCUAUUAUGCCUGUGAUAAGAAGUAUCGUACGUGGUUGCGAGACGAAACACUGACGCAUGUGCAAGACAAUGCCGUGCUAUUCACUAAUGACGGUCCAAGUGUGCUCAGUUGUGGUCACAUUGAAGGUGUAUUGGCCACAAUGGAUUUCGGUGCCACAAAUCAGAUAAGUAGCUAUUGGGCACGUUUGCGGCAGAUACAACCGAAAGGUCCGCUAGUAAAUGCAGAGUUCUAUCCAGGCUGGCUGACACACUGGUCAGAGCCGAUGGCACGUGUGCGCACUGAGGCGAUUACAAAAGCAUUUGUUGAAAUGUUGGACGCAGGGGCUAGCGUUAACUUCUACAUGAUGUUUGGCGGCACGAACUUUGGCUUCACCGCUGGCGCCAACGACGGUGGUCCCGGCCGCUAUCAACCCGAUAUCACUUCGUAUGACUACGAUGCACCCAUGGACGAGGCUGGAGAUGCCACUGCUAAGUUUCAUAAAUUGCGCGAAAUUAUAACUCGCUAUUUACCGAUACCGAAUGUACCGCUACCAGCACCAGUACCUAAAAAGCACUAUGGCACUGUUCGACUGAGCGCUUGCUGUUCAAUGUUGUCAGAAAAGGGUCGUGAAAUACUCUCCACUGGCGUUAUAGUCAGUACGAAACCUAAGACAUUCGAAGAGCUGGACCAGUAUUCAGGUUUUGUACUCUACGAAACCGUGCUGCCGGACUUCAACCGUGAUCCAAGUAUUUUACGUGCCACCGGCGUACACGAUCGGGCUUACGUAUACAUUGAUGAGCAGCUAGUGGGCAUACUCUCUCGCGAGACACCCAUAUUUGAGCUGCCUAUUAGUCCUAGCUAUGGCACGCAUUUGCAAUUGCUGGUCGAGAAUCAGGGACGCAUUAACUUCGGACCUGUGACCGAUUUUAAGGGCAUCAUUAGUAAUGUUGUGCUUGACAAAGAUGUACUGUCCAACUGGACAAUGACGAAGUAUCCACUAGAAUCGAUUGAGGACAUUGAGACACUUAUAGCAUCGGUUAAUGCCGAGGAGCAAAAUGCUGUGCUGGGUUUCCACGAAGAGAAGGGUGGUUCAGUACUGUGGAAUGGACCUACAAUUUACUAUGGACAACUAUCGAUAGCAGAUGGACAAAUCGGUGAUACGUACUUAGAUACCAGAGGUUGGGGUAAGGGCUUGGUGUUUGUGAAUGGAGAAAAUUUGGGUCGCUAUUGGCCAGAGGCAGGGCCACAAGUGACGCUCUAUGUGCCACGUGAAGUACUUAAAAGCGGCGACAAUCGUAUCGUACUCAUUGAGUACCAACGCUCUGGUCCAGCCAAUGAAAUCACAUUCACUGAUAAGCCUAAUUUGGAUGGUCACUGAUAAAAUGAAAUUAACUAAAAGCUUCUUCUGAUAUAGUAAUAAGAUUAAUAGUUUGUAUGUUUUUAAACAGAAAAUAAAUGAAUUUGACUGGGUGUCUUAAAUGUAAGAUUUGAAAAAAUAAAAAGAAAUUAACAA